AUGUCGUUGACAAAUGACAACGCAGUAGGCGAUGAAAAAGAGGUGCGAUGCUUCCAAUGUGAUGUAUUCCGGGCAAACUGGAAACCCGGAGAUGAUCCAUUGAUAGACCAUGACAGUUUUGAUACAGAAUGUCCCUAUCGGAAGACAGAACAAAAGAAAGUAACAACUGAAAAGGUUGCCACAUUGCCUAGCACUACUAUCAAACGGAGAAUGGGGAUUGGUCCGUCACAAGAUGCUCACGAGAAACAUGCUCAGAAUCCGCAGCGUACUAGUCAGAGUGACAAGAACACUGACCCUUUAUAUCCAAUCUCUACCAGGACCCAAACCAAACAUGAAUUAUCUCAGUCAACAUCCGUGGCAAAUCAGGAUGAUCGGUUUGCAUCUGAUCCGAAAAAAGGAAAAUAUACCAAGGAGGGCAUUGAUUACGAAAAUGAAGGAAUAGUAAACGGUUCUUCCGUAAAUACAACAGGUGAAAAUGUUUGUUCAAAUAUUUCUGAUGGUGCUGAACACACAAACGACAGUGAUAUGAAAAGUGGAAAAAUGUGUGACAUAGGCACAAUAAUAGCGCAAGACAACAUGCAGCAAAACGGAGAUGCUAUCAACAAACCCUAUCUCACAGUAACCAACGGUAGUAUGACUACAAAUGACAAAGUAGGCAACAUAACCACGUUGCCAUUACAGCAAAGCGACGUUGCAGAUAGUAAAGACACAUGUGCCAUUGUUGCGUUGGCAUUACCUAACAACAACAAAGCGGGGGGAAAUGAAGGAGUAACUAGAAAAUAUAUAUCGGAUGCGGAAGUCAGUGAUGUUUUAAACCCCGAGCGCAACCCUAGCUACUCAGAUGAGAAUGCCCGCAGAGAAACAUACAGAAAAUGGCCAUCUGCAGCAAACCACAAAAUUGAAUCUUUGGUGGACGCUGGAUUCUUCUAUACAGGAAAAGAAGAUAUUGUGAGAUGCUUUUUCUGUGAUAUUGGUCUUGCGGAAUGGAGUAACGACGAUGACCCAUGGGAAGAACACGCCCGUCACAGUCCGGAUUGUCCACAUCUCAAGGAUCGAAAGAGCGAUGAGUUUAGCUCCGCUAUCCAAGCGAAAUGGUUGAAGGUCUGUUCACCAAGGCAUCAGCAAUAUACUGAUAUGAUGACACUUGAAUCCUCCUGGCCAGGAGAUGUUGUAUUGCAGUUACCAAAAGACCUGGCAGCCGCUUGUUUCUUUUACACAGACAUGUUGGAUACCAUUGACGAUACAGAGAAAGCAGUCCUCAUUUAUACACGUGAUGAUGGGAACAAAGAUGUUAUAAAUGAUAUGAUAAUAUUAUGCUUAUAUUUAAGUUAUGGGGUUGGGAGCCAAUUGGGGCCUUCCGGUGGCUUUCAGCGAUAAGGUUUUUUUUUUGUUUUUUGUUUUUGUUUUUACAAUUAAAUACAUACCUUGAUACCUUAGUGUUAUGCCGUUAGGAAAUCAUAUUAAACUAAGGUCAGCGCUCGGAGAUAUUUCCGAGAUAUUGGGGGCGGGUCAAAUUAAUUAAUUACCUGAUUUUGACAAAACUACAUGACACUAGCACAUAGUUAAAAGUAGGUCACAGUGACCCAGUUCUAAUUCUGCUAAAUUGUGUCAAUGAUAUAUAUUUUCGUGCCUGACACAUAUAAUACCAUUCAAUUAGCAGUAGCUGGCUUUAAAUGGCUAAACACAUAUUAUGAAGAAGCAUUUUAGAAAAAUUAGCUCGUGAUGAGGCAGAUGCAUGCAUCUGAAUUUCAGAUAUUUAGUACACAUUGGAAAGUUUUAUAUGAUUAAAGUGUGCAUUGCUAUCUAGUUGAAAACCAUUUUUCUGCCAAUGCUUAAGUCAAGUUAAGAACUGUCUACACUGCCAUUGUAAAUAGAAUUAUCACAUAAAUGCAUGUUUGUGUCUAUUUUAGUGUAUUUACCGGUACAAUGAAAGAAAGUGAAAACAACAAUGGACUUACAUUUCAAAUCCAUGAAAACUGGUUCUCAAGUAUAUUGGUGUUGAGACAAAAGAAAAAGAUGCAUUGUAUAGUUUAUUCAUUGUCACUAUCAGAAUCAGACCAGCUCUCAAUCAUCAUAGCAUCAAACAUACACCUGAAAUAGAUUGAUGAGGCACUUGGAUGUGCUAUACCAGUUUGAUGAUUCAUCUAAGUAAAAGUACCUGAGGGCAGAUGCAACGUGAGCACAACAGCGCCCCACUCUUAUCAAACGCAUGCCUGAUCCUGUAUGCCGCGAGCUCAUACUCCCCAUCUUAAGGCAACGCUCCAUAGUAUAUGACUAAGCAUGUUUCAACUGAUAAAUCCCAAUCGUAAGAUCUCUUAGCUCAUGUUCAAUCAUUAAAGCCUCAUCACCUUUUAUCCCGUAUACUUACUUCCUAGCGGAGCGCCUAUUGUCAAUUUGAAAAUUAAAAUUACUGGGACUCUGUGACAAUGUUAAAUUUAUCUCAGUAAUGGCAAAAAUCGUAGUCAAGUGGGGAUGAAACGCAUUACAUUUCCACUUUGGGAUAGUGUUUUUCAGUCUGUAAUCAAAUACUUCAAUACAUCAAUAUUAUCAAGAAUUUUUCGAAAAAAUGUCAU